AGCGGCCUGACACCUGAUUGGAGCGGAAUUUACACUUAUGGCUGUAAGUCAUAUCUUUUGAAGCAGGAAAAGAAGGCUGUAGGUUAUAACUACCUUUUGAUGUCCUACCUUCUUUUCUUGCUUUAAUUGUUGGUAAGAUUUACAGCCGUAAGCGAAUAUUCCGCUCCUUGGUUAUUGCUGGGGAAUAACUACCACCUGAAAUACUCUUCGAACCAUCAUGUAUGGAGCACUUUGAGGGGAGAGCGCAUGUUGCGCGCUGCGUUGGGACUCCUGUUGCACAGGAAAGCUGCUGCCUUUGUCGACUCAAGUCUCAGGCCAGAGCUCUCCUGGGAGAUUUGCCCCCUGCGAGCAAGCAUCUUGAUUGAUCUAUUGAUGAUAUCCUGUCCUGCUCUCUCUGCUCCUCCCACUGGUUCGUUGGUGUGUGGGCUGGUGGGGUCUCAAGAAGAAGGUAUUCAUACCGUUGCUUGCGAAGACUGCUCGCUCUAUGUCAAAUAAAAUCUUACAUAGCUACUUAAAUAGUCCACAGGUUCUUUAAACAUGGCGCUCAUAACCU